GGUAGCCGCCGCCUCCGCCGCCUGGGCCGGGAAGCGAUGUAGGAGCCGCCAGGCCGUUCCCCGCCCUGCCUGGCCGGAGCCCCGCGGGCCGCCGCCGCCACCGCCGCCGCCAUGAAGAAGCAGUUCAACCGCAUGAAGCAGCUGGCCAACCAAACCGUGGGCAGAGCUGAGAAAACUGAAGUCCUCAGUGAAGAUCUGCUACAGAUUGAGAGGCGCCUGGAUGCUGUGCGGUCCAUGUGCCACCACUCCCACAAGCGUCUGGUUGCGUGCUUCCAGGGCCAGCACGGCACUGAUGCCGAGAGGCGACACAAAAAACUGCCCCUGACCGCACUUGCUCAGAACAUGCAGGAAGCCUCCUCUCAGCUGGAAGAGUCUCUUCUGGGGAAGAUGCUGGAGACAUGCGGGGAGGCCGAGAGCCAGCUGGCGCAGGAGCUCUCACAGCACGAGGUCCUCGUGGAGAAGGAGGUCGUGGACCCUCUCUACGGCAUAGCGGAGGUGGAGAUUCCGAACAUCCAGAAGCAGCGGAAGCAGCUGGCCAAGCUGGUGCUGGACUGGGAUUCGGUCCGAGCGAGGUGGAACCAAGCCCACAAGUCUUCAGGUACCAACUUCCAGGGGCUUCCAUCAAAAAUAGAUACCCUCAAGGAAGAGAUGGAUGAAGCUGGAAAUAAAGUGGAGCAGUGCAAGGAUCAGCUCGCGGCAGACAUGUACAACUUCAUGGCCAAAGAAGGGGAGUACGGCAAGUUUUUUGUCACGUUAUUAGAAGCCCAAGCAGAUUACCAUAGGAAAGCAUUAGCAGUCUUAGAAAAGGCCCUUCCCGAAAUGCGAGCCCACCAAGAUAAGUGGGCAGAGAAGCCAGCCUUCGGGACACCCUUGGAAGAGCACCUGAAGCGCAGCGGGCGGGAGAUCGCGCUUCCCAUCGAGGCCUGCGUCAUGCUGCUCCUGGAGACCGGCAUGAAGGAGGAGGGCCUUUUCCGGAUUGGGGCUGGUGCCUCCAGGUUGAAGAAGCUGAAAGCCGCCUUGGACUGCUCCACUUCUCACUUGGAUGAGUUCUAUUCGGACCCGCAUGCUGUGGCAGGUGCCUUGAAGUCCUACUUGCGGGAGCUGCCCGAGCCCUUGAUGACCUUCAGUCUGUAUGAAGAAUGGACACAGGUUGCGAGUGUGCAAGAUCAAGACAAAAAACUUCAAGAUCUGUGGAGAACAUGUCAGAAGCUGCCACCACAGAAUUUUGUUAACUUUAGGUAUUUAAUAAAGUUCCUUGCAAAGCUCGCUCAGACCAGUGACGUUAAUAAGAUGACUCCCAGCAACAUCGCGAUUGUGUUAGGCCCGAACUUGUUAUGGGCCAGAAAUGAAGGAACCCUCGCUGAGAUAGCGGCAGCCACCUCGGUGCACGUGGUCGCAGUCCUUGAGCCCAUCAUUCAGCACGCCGACUGGUUCUUCCCUGAAGAGGUGGAGUUUAAUGUCUCAGAAGCAUUUGUACCACUUGGCACUCCCAAUUCUAAUCACUCAUCCCACACUGGAAAUGACGUAGACUCGGGGACCCAGGAGAGGAAGCGGCCGGCCAGCAUGGCAGUGAUGGAAGGAGACCUGGUGAAGAAAGAGAGCUUUGGUGUGAAGCUUGUGGACUUCCAGGCCCACCGGCGGGGUGGCACCCUAAACAGAAAGCACAUGUCCCCUGCUUUCCAGCCACCACUCCCGCCCGCAGAUGGCAGCGCCUUGGCUCCAGCUGGCCCAGAGCCCCCUGCCCAGAGCUCUCGGGCUGAAAGCAGCUCAGGGGGUGGGACUGUCCCCUCCUCUGCAGGCAUACUGGAGCAAGGGCCAAGCCUGGGUGACAGCAGUCCUCCGAAAACCAAGGACUCCGUGCCUGCAGCUGUCCCUGUGCCAGGGAGAAGCAGCAGUCAGGUGACCACCAGCCAGACCCAUGUCCCGUCCGGAGCCGGCUCCCACCAGCUGGCGGCUGGCCCGGUGCACAGCGCCAGUGACCCCAGCCCUCACACUCUGCGCCGGGCUGUUAAGAAACCUGCUCCAGCACCCCCAAAGCCAGGAAACCCACCUCCUGGCCACCCCGGGGGCCAGAGUUCUGCAGGAGCCUCGCAGCCCCCACCCAGCACAUCAGCGAAGCCAGCCGCCCGGAGCCCUUCUCCCCCGCAGCAUGCUGGCCAGGGCCCUGCCCAGCCCUCAGCGACCCGGAGGUCCUCCAGCAACCUGUCUCCAAUCCAAGCACCGAGUCACCCACCGCCGCAGCCCCCAGCCCAGGCCGCGACCCAGGGGCACGCCAGGCUGAGCAGCCAGGGCAGCGCCUCCUUGGGGGCCCUGCCUGGGGAGCACGGACUAGAGCAGCCUCCUCACACCCCUCCCCAGACCCCAACACCCCCCAGUACCCCACCUCUGGGCAAACAGAACCUCAGCCUGCCGGGGUCUCAGACCCAGGCAGUGAGUAACCCCGAGACUGCACAGCCGCAUACUGGAACCCUGCCGAGACCCAGACCUGUACCAAAGCCACGGAGUCGACCCAGUGUGCCGCCACCGCCCCAUCCCCCCAGCGCUCCCCCAGCUGGGGACAGCAGCCUCGCCACUGCAGUUCUGACAGCUUCCAAAAUAGUGACAGACGCCAGUUCUAGGGUUUCAGAACCGCUUCCCAGCCUCUUUCCAGACAUGCACCCCGACUCGGCGAGCAGAGACGUGCCCGGCCACAUUCUGCUGGACAUAGACAAUGACACGGAAAGCACCGCCUUGUGAGAAGGCCGCCUCCUGGCCGGUGCUCACCCCACCGGUGAGGGCACUUGGACAGGAGCCCCUCCAUCUUUGCAGACCAAACAGUGAAAGCUUUGAGUGGAGAAAGCCUCGCACGAGGGCUCGGCCUCCACACAGCCCCGCAGGGCGCGGCAGCUGGUGCCCAAAGCUGAAUGACCUGGGUCCUGAAGAAGCCGGCUUUCUUUACUUAGGAAAGAAAUCACACCCCAAAGAUCAAAGCCAUGAAACCCCAAGGUGGGAGGAGCGUUCGUGCUGAGAAGUGUGUGGGAGCGUGGCCGCUGCUGUUCACGCAGGCGGCCCCCACAGCAGCCCCGAACGGACAAGAGCAGCUUGUUUACUCUGGUUAAUGCAGCCACGUCUCACGAGUACCUGCGUCCUGACCUCGCCUCGCUCUCGCGCCCUGGGAGGAGGCUGCCCAGCAGACUUGCGCGGAGUCGCUGGGUGGUGGGCGUGGCCUCCGUCUCGGGGCUCAGCCCGCGCAUUGCUGGUGACUGCUGGGCCCGUCACCUCCAACUGGAUGACUGCCUCAUUGGAUUGCAGAAUGUAGACACAAGCGUACUGUUCUUUUUAAAAAAAA